AUGGCGAUGGCGGCGGCGCCGGCGGCGUUGUCGCCGGGGACGGUGCCUUUGGGAGUGCUGCUGCGGCGGGAGGUGACCAAGGAGCGGAUGGAGCGGCCGGACGUGCUGUGCGGGGAGGCCAACCGCAGCCGCAAGGGCGAGGACUUCACGCUGCUCCGAGCCGACGCCGGCCAGCGCAUCCCCGGGGACCCCUCCACCUCCUUCUCCGUCUUCGCGCUUUUCGAUGGGCACAACGGAUCAGGAGCUGCCAUAUACGCAAGGGAGAAUCUGUUGAACAACGUCUUGCGUGCCAUUCCUACAUGUUUCUGCAGAGAGGAGUGGCUUGCCGUGCUCCCACGUGCGCUUGUUGCAGCGUUCGUCAAGACCGAUAAAGAUUUCCAGGCAGUGGCUGAAACUUCUGGCACAACUGUGACAUUUGUGAUAAUAGACGAGUGGGUUGUGACUGUAGCAUCUGUCGGUGAUUCACGUUGCAUACUAGAAUCUGCCGAUGGCUCAAUCUACUUUUUAUCAGCUGAUCAUCGCUUUGACUCCAACCCAGAUGAGGUCAAGCGCGUGACAGCAUGUGGGAGCAAAGUUGGGAAAAUGGACAUUGUCGGUGGUCCAGAGGUUGGUCCUCUAAGAUGUUGGCCAGGUGGCUUGUGUUUAUCUAGAUCCAUAGGGGAUCUUGAUGUUGGUGAAUGCAUCAUUGCUGUCCCUCAUGUUAAGCAAGUGAAGCUUUCUAAUGCUGGAGGCAGAAUUAUCAUUGCAAGCGAUGGUGUAUGGGAUGAUUUGACUUGUGAAAUGGCUCUUGACUGUUCCCGUGGGUUCUCAUCAGAUGUAGCUGCCCAUCGAAUUGUUAAUGAAGCAACCCGGCCUCGAGGAAUCAGGGAUGAUACUACUUGCAUCGUAAUUGACAUUCUACCACCAGAAAAUAUAGCCCCGAGUCCUCCUAAGAGAUCCGGCAGGAUUGCAUUCAACAAUAUGUUUCGCAGAAGAUCUCUAGAUGUUCCCUUCAAAACAAAUAGAUCAGAAUAUGCUGAACCGGAUGUGGUGGAAGAAAUAUUUGAAGAUGGCUCUCCGAUGCUUUCUAAAAGGCUAACUACCGGAUAUACACUAGAUAAAAUUUUUGCAGCCUCCAGUUGUGCAGUUUGUCUGGUACGGUUGAAAUCUGGAGAGGGAAUUUCAGUGCAUGCUAACCCAUUGCAACAUGAAAAACUACAAGGUUGGCAGGGUCCUUUCCUGUGCCUGAGCUGUCAUGAAAAGAAAGAAGCAAUGGAAGGGAAACGCCUGUCAAGAGGAUCUUCAAGAAAUGUCUUCGGUCACAUGUGCUAG